ACGGCUCGAGAGAACUUUACAAAAGUGUUCAAAGACACUGAGGAACAUUCCUUUCCUCUAUGUGGCUGUAUCACAUGCCCCUUCUUCCCACUGUCUUCUCUCUCUCUCCUCCUUUUGGGCAAUGUUGCUCUCUUGCUUAUCCGGCUGUUCUGAGCCCUGGGGUAGGAUCCUGCUGAGAUAUCCGGUUCCCUUCUUACCACGCAAGAAGCAUCAAGCCUCGAGCUCUCGCGUUCUCUGGGUUGCAGCGGUCCAGACGUUUGGUUCUCCUCCUCUUCCUCCGUGGUGAGUUUUCUUUUUCUUCCUUUUCGGUGACAUGCAGUCUUUGCUGUGAGUUUUCUGCAUUAUCUUUUCUUUAGCAUGAAACUGAUGUUUUUGCUAUUUGUUCUUGUUUCCCUUCUCGAGCCGCACAAUGCCCAUCAAGCCUCUGUCUCUCGCUUUCUCUGGGUUUCAGUCAUCCAAAUCGGCUGCCGUCUGUUCGCUUCUCCUCCUCUCCUCCGUAGCCAAGGAGGUGCCGUCUUCGCCCCUUUUUCCUCCCCGAACGCAGGCCUUCUAUUUUUCCUCUCGGGUAAGGUACGAUCUUGCCCUUCUUUUUCCUCUCGGUUUGACUAUUUCUUCUUGACAGGAGGCUUGGGUGUUCUUGGGGGUUUCUCGACUGAUUUUGUUUCCAGAGCUUUCGAUCUCACCCAAGAUGAAUCAGAUCAGCUCCUGACGUGCCAAACCGGUGCUUUAAUUGUCAAGCUUGUUGAGGGUCAAACGUUGCACGAUCCAUGCAAAGAUGCUGAUCACAUCGAGAUGUUAUUCGACUUUGAAAGUGCCAAGCCCAGCAUCCACGUCAAUCAGGGCGGGUCAAUGACCAUUGCUACUCCUGAAAAUUUUCCUUUUCUGGAGAAAGUGGGACUAUGUGCUAAUGUCGUGAAGUUGGAUCCGUUGUCCGUGUUAACCCCAUGUAUACCGCUGAUGCAUCCUUCCAGUUGAUUUACUUCGCUAAAGGCAGUGGUGUGAUUCGAAUUUCGGGUAUGACUGGUGGGAAGGCAUUGGACGCCCGGGUGCAGAGCGGCCAGUUACUCGUCGUACCUAAAUUCUUCUCUGCUGCCAAGGUUGCAGAUGGAGAUGGAUUGGAGUAUUUCUCUGUUGUCACAUCUUUAGAGCCAUCUUUUGUUCAGUUGGCCGGGAAAUGUCAGUUUGGAAGGCAAUGGCUCCCUCGGUUCUACAAGCUUCUUUCAAUGUUAUCCGGGGUUCGUGGAACUUUUCAAAAACAAGAUUGCCAAGGGUCAAAUUAUUGUUCCUCCUAAGAAUUGAGUUGAGAAAUAGGACUUAGCAGCUGCUGGAGCUGGACUACAAAGGCUAAAAUAAGAUACAGACUGCAUCUAGACCAUUGCCUUGAGAGGCCACUUAAUUUGUCAUAAUCUGAAUUAAUUAGUUCUCAAGUUUGAGGUCUAUGUUUUAUAUUAUUUCUUGCCAACUUGUUCGCGUCUUUGAGAUC